AGGUACGCUUAGUUCGCCUCUUCCUCGGCGGCUCCGCUUUACCAGCAGGCUUCUUCAUCGCCGGCCGAGCGAUGGAUGAGUCAGCGGAUGGAAAAGAUGGCGGAGAAAGUUCAGAAAAGUGUGAAAAUUGCUCCAGGGGCUGUUGUCUGUGUCGAAAGUGAAAUCAAGGGAGAUGUGACAAUUGGACCUAGGACAGUGGUUCACCCCAAAGCACGGAUAGUUGCAGAGGCAGGACCGAUCGUGAUUGGGGAAGGUAACCUCAUUGAAGAACAGGCGGUGAUCAUAAAUGGCCAUCCUGAGAACAUCACACCCGAUUCGGAAGAGAUGGUAUCCAAGCCCAUGAUCAUUGGCACUAACAACGUGUUCGAAGUUGGCUGCUAUUCGCAGGCAAUGAAAAUAGGAGACAACAACGUUAUUGAGUCCAAAGCAUUCGUGGGUCGGAAUGUGUUCUUGACUAGCGGCUGCAUCAUUGGAGCUUGUUGCAAUGUUAACACGUAUGAAGUCAUCCCUGAGAAUACGGUAAUCUAUGGAGCCGAUUGCCUUCGCCGAGUGCAGACUGAGAGACCACAGCCACAAACAUUGCAGCUGGACUUCCUAAUGAAAAUCCUGCCCAACUAUCACCACCUGAAGAAGACCAUGAAAGCAUCCUCAACACCUGUGAAGAGCUAAAGACUUCCUUGCAUGAUUGUCGGGAUCGUCACAGGGAUGCCGCCUCCUGCUUUCAGUAGUUCACAUCUGUGAGAACGAACUAACUGGUGACUUGCUAACUCAUUCCAUUGCGCAAUCUAAUUUUUAUUUAUUCCAGUGCUGAAAAAUAAAUUGUGUCUUUUCUUCUCAA